AUGUACUUGUAUUAUCCAGAGCGGUGUCGCUUCCGCCCCCGGACAAUCAACUCCUCCGUCCGCCGCCACAACCGCCGUCGCCUUCUCAAAUACUCCCCAAAUCCAACUUCCACGCCCACCAUUUUCAAGCCAUCUGCUGACACCCUUCAAAUAACCAUCAGGCCCUCUAAUUCCCUCAAACAAUUAUUAGACCAGUCCGAAAUUAAACUGAAUCGAUUGACUGAGUGUGGCCGUGAGGCUUUUGAUGACUUGAAAACAUUAGUCAUUGUCGAUGGUAGUACUGGAGGGGUCGUAAUUUCGUGCAGGAGGUCCACAGUUGAGUUCUUGGCGGCGCUGUUUAUGUCCAGUUUGGUAAUUGUAUUCAUUUUCAAGGGUUUAUUUGGAAGAAGAAAAAGGGGCAGUGAAGCGUUGGUGUAUAAGAGAGAUCGGAGUCUGGGAGGGAGAGAAGUGCUAGUAGGGAAGAGGGAAGGGAACUGGGGUACUACCCCUAGAACGACGCCAUUGAGUUUGAAUGACUAUAAUGAUGAUAAAAAAACGAAAAAUACACGAGUGCAGAAUAGGAGGAAGGAAGAGUUGCCUCAAUGGUGGCCUCAGCUACUGAAUUCGGGUUCGAAUGUUAAUGAAAUGAUUAAUAAGGAGGAAUAUCAGAGAAUGGCUAAUAGAUUGGUUCGAGCAAUGAUGGACAACAAAAUGGCUGGGAAGGACAUUUCUGCGAAUGAUAUAAUUCAAUUACAUCACAUAUGCAAGACAUUUGGAGUGAGAGCCUCCAUUGAGACCGCUAAUGCACGAGAUUCACUUUAUCGGGCAGCCAUAAACUUGGUUCUCAGCUACUGUGAGAUCAUGGCAAAUAAAUCCACCUCUGUCCACAUAAAUGGUGAGGAUGCUCGAGAGUUCAUUGCUGGGCUUGCUGAUAACAUUGGGCUUGAGAAUGCUCGUGCUGCCAGAAUGGUGUCAGCAGCUGUUGCUGCAUGCACACGGUCACGGAUUCUACAGGCAUGGGCAUUAGAAGUUCAAGGUAAACAUUCUGAAGCACUCUUCGAACUGUCCAAAAUAUGUCUGAUUCACAGGGUAUUCCCUCCUUCGAAGAGCUCGCCUGAGAUGGAAAUGGUUGCUCGAGGCCUUGAAAAUCAUUUAAGUUUAGAACAAAGAGAAUUGAUAUUAGAGUCACUCAUUAACAUUUGUGGUGAGGAGACACAUAGAAGUUUGGUGGAAGCAUUGGGAUUGGUAGGUGUCAAAGAUAGCCAAGAUAACAUGUAUGCAUAA